ACAUGUCCUGAUCAUAACGUAAAAAUUCAACUCAUAAAGAAUCAUUUGAGUUGAUAUAUAUACAAGUCUUAAUGCCAAACAAUUGUAUCUAUCACUAAAAAUAUUUAUCAUCAUGGCCGGUUCAAGAAAAUUGACGAUGGCUUAUCCUUACUCUUCUCCACCUCCACCAUCACCGCCACCACCAACACCUGCAUGUCCACCACCACCACCACCUCCUCCGCCUCCACCUCCACCUCCACCACCAACACCCGCAUGUCCUCCUCCUCCUCCACCUCCAGUUCCAUGUCCUCCACCACCAAAACAUCAUGGACAUCAUGGCAAGACACCACCAUCUACCCCUCAAACGCCGGCUUACCCUCCUAAAGCUUCACCACCAAAACCAUCACACCCGCCACAUGGUCCAGCUUACCCUCCUAAAGCCUCACCACCAAAACCAUCACACCCGCCACAUGGUCCAGUUCAUCCACCUAAAGGUCCAAAGCCUCCUACUCCAAGUGGACCAGCUAGUCCACCUAAAGGAUCAAAACCCCCUUCCCCUGGCGGGCCAGCUUAUCCACCAAAGGGACCAAAGCCACCAACACCUGGUGGACCUGCUUAUCCACCCAAGGGACCAAAACCACCAACACCAGGUGGGCCAACUAGUCCACCUGGCCAUUCAAAGCCACCAACACCUGGUGGUCCUGCUUAUCCACCCAAAGGACCCAAACCACCAUCACCCAGUGGUCCUGCUUAUCCACCAAAAGGACCCAAACCCCCAACACCAAGUACCCCUGGCACCUGGCCUCCUAAAGCACAACCUCCUCUACCAUCAUAUGGACCAUACGUCCCACCUCCACAACCAUUCAAUGCCGUCCCACCAUCUGGUAACAUCCUCACACCACCACCAAGCAGUGGUGGUGGCAAAGACCACACAGUUGUCAUUGCAGUGUGUGCAUCACUAGGUGGAGUGUUUUUCCUAGCAUUCUUAGCGGCUGGACUUUUCUGCUUAGCGAAGAGAAAGAAGAAGCCAAUUUUGGUCCCGGCAGCAGCUCCAUAUGGACAUGGAGGCGGUGAAGGCCAUGGUCAUGGUCAUGAAGGCGGUGGUGCUGCCGGUGGUGGUGGUGGUGGUGCACACUCAAGCUACGGUCAACACUAGGUCUAAAUGAUACUAAAAAUGCAUUAAAAUACAAGUGGUGGCAUGCGGAGACAGUUAAUUGAUCCUUUUCGAUCUGAAUAAUAUUAAUUAAAUUUGUUUUAAAAAUUAUUUUAUCUUUGUGUGAUAGAUUCAAACACUACUCUCUCAUGGUACCAAUGCAACUACUUGUAUUUGUUCUACAUACGUUACUUGUGCAUGGAAAAAUUAAGGUUUGCUUUUUUUAGGUAGGGUACCGGUGUUCAUGAAAUUCAAAUUUGUAUGUAUUUAAAUUAAUCAAUAAAAGUUGCGAAUUGUUUGCAUUA